UAACAGGGGAACGUCAACUGUGUUGACAUCUCACUGGGUCUGUUCAGCUGCAUUUUAAUAGUAGUUCGCACAUACUUCCUCAUGUGGAGUCAUGGCAGGAAAGACACAGCAGCUCAGUGAGUCCUUGGUGAUCCGCAGUCUCCGGCGUUUCAGGUACAGAUACCUUCCGAACAGUGGGUUAGUUGUCAAAAGUGAAUCCACGUCUGUUGAAGAGACAGCAGAUGAACUUCAGCCUGGAUUUUUGGAUAGCCUACCGGUGGAUGUACAGUUCCUCAUCAUGGCCUAUCUGUCUCCUGCUGAUAUCUGCCACCUGGGAGCUACCAGUUGGUACUGGAGAGCAAUAGUUAGGGAUCGUUUACUGUGGAAAUACUUCCUGCUCAGGGACAUGCCAUACUGGCCCUCCAUUGACCAUUUGAGCAUGCCCCAGCUGGAGUUAUUGGAUGCUCCCCUAAUCAAUGCAGAUGAGAGCCUGGAUGAUAGAGAAGAGGGGGAAGACAACGAGACGGAAUCAAGAUUCGACUACAUGUCAGAAUACCUGAAAGCUUGUCCAUCCUGCAGACAAAGAUGGCUUCCUUCACGCCCAGCGUAUCAGGUUGUAGCUUCAUUUCUUCAGUCUCUGGUGCCCUCAGCUGAACCUCGCUACGCUAUGUUUGGCCCCGGCAUGGAACAGCUGGAUAUCUCUUUAGUCACAAGGCUCAUGCAUGCACCAGAUGUGCUUCCUGUGUCUGGUACUCCUCACAGGCAGAUAAAUGGUAUUGGCUCAGGCAUCAGUUACCUGUUUAAUAACCAGCAUAAAUUUAAUAUCCUGACACUGUAUUCAACAAAUAGGGCAGAAAGGGAAAGAGCCAGAGUGACGCAGCAGAGCAUCGGUAACAAACUUUUUACUCUUGAAGGAACAGAUGACUCAGGCCGGCCAAUCUACAUACCUGCUCCUCAGGUUCAACAAGUGUGCCAAGUCGUAGAUGGUUUCAUCUACGUAGCCAAUGCAGAGCCUGGAAAAGGGGAAGGUGAGUCUGAGAUGGCUCAGAUUCAAGCUGUGCUGAGCUCUGCCAGGGGUUCAACCUCUAGGCCUCUGCUGGUUCUCUCCUGUGUCUCCAGAGAAGAACCAGAAGCCGUCAGCAGAGACGCAGCCAGAUGUCGCACCCCGUGUGUUUACAUGGCAAAGAGACUCGGGCUUCCAAAACUGGCAAAUCCCUGGAUGGUGCAGGACACCAUAGCAGAAUCCCUGUCAGGCCUUUUGGAUGGUAUUUCCUGGUUGUUGAGAUGUUCUGGAUUCAAACACUUUGGUAGUUAGCUCACAACUAGUUAACUUCUGCUGCUGCCAGAUGAAUUAAAACCCCAGACAUCACUGCUGGGUCCUCCUGACACAAAGGCACUCUGGCAUUUCCUGAGUAAUCUGGACCAAAUGUGCACUCAGUGUUUUUGGUUGGGAAAACUGCCAGUGAAAUUUAACGAGCUGGACGAGCAACAAGACUGUCAUAACUUUAAUUCUCAGGGGGAAAUGACAGAUAACCCAACAUAGGGAGCUUUUUAAUUGGCAGAGACAUGCAAAGCAUUUGUAGGAGGUUACAGUCAUUUAAGAGUUUCAGAAUUACAUUAAAACCCUUUGUCUAAAACAGCUUUAGGGGAAUUCAUCUGUUACUUGAAGCAACAAAUGGUUGUGAUGAUUAGCCAACCAUUAAUUAGUGGCCUAUUAAAGAUGGAAUGCUUCCUCAGUGAGUAGCAAGUUUUUGGGUGCUUGUUGGACGAGAGCAGGGAUUCCCAUAGUUGCGUCUGUGGUCAUUAGGGGAGGCCUUAAUGACAGGGGCCUCUGCAAGGCUAAAUAAAAAUGUGUGCCAUGCACUGCUAGCAAAGCACAGAAAAAUUUGUGAGACUACUUCCAGAUAAAUGUGCAGCCAACAAUGGGUCUAAAGAUAGAUGUCAUGACUUCUAAAAAAAUAGACAAGGAGUCAUAUCUCACCCUCAGCUUCACUUGUACAGUUGGUAUCAAAAGAGGGAGCCGCACCCCCUCCAUUCACCACGUCUAACUGUGUAAAAUAGGUUUUUGAGUGUUAAAUGAUAUAUGUUUAUCUGUUGAUGUGCAGAAGAGGUUUGAGAACCAGUGGCCUAGCUGGUUUGUACCAAAACUUGCCUCAGCAAAUUUAGUUUAAUUUUUAGUUUAUUAAGUUUAUUUGUAUUAGGGAAAAUCUACAAAUUAACAUUAGUCUAAAGGGAGCAAAACAGCCUAGUCCCCCCCCCCGUAGUCCCUCGGCAGACAAAGGGCAACAGUAAAACACAGAUUGCACCAGUCAUCCAUACCCACAUGCACAGCCACAAUAACACAUUUCAUAAAGGACGGAGAACAAAAUACAAAUAUUUAAGAUAUUAUGUGCAUAUCAAAUUAUCACUGGCGUCAGGCCAUAACCACUUGCCUCAAAGUCUUGCAGUUUUUAUCUUUUUUUAUGUAAAUCAGUGCCAUUACAUCUGUCAGUGGGUUUUACAAAUUUUAAACCAAUAAAAAGUAUCAAAAGGAUGCUAACAAUGACCAUUCAAUGUUUAUUCAUUUGAAAAAUACUGCAUUUUUUUUAAUUCACUGAAAAAUGGUGAUUUUGAAGAUAGAAGGUUAAGGCCUGACGGUAGUUUUUUGAUUUUUAAAUAUUGUUUUAAAUAUUAUUUUUGGGGCUUUUUUGCCAUUGUUUAGAUAGGAUAGCUGAAGAGACAGGAAAUAUGGGGAGGGAGAGAGCGGGGGAGGGGGGCACCAAACAGCUCUAAGACUGGGAGUUCAUCACAGCCAUCCAUUCACCUUCUUCCAUUUAUCCAGGGCCAGGUCACAGUGGUAGCAGGCUGAAUAGAUCUACCCAGACAUCCCUUUCCUCCACAACACUUUCCAUCUCCUUCAUCUCAGUUCCCUCCAGAUGUCUGUACCUAGGCUCAUUUUGGCAUUUGAAGAUCGAUUGACCGGGAAAUUAAAAGCUUUAUCGCAUUUUCCUCUUCACCACAAUGGUACAGCACAACAUUCACAGCACAGCUGACACCUGUCAAUUUCACUCCCUUUUACCAAGAAUUGAUCCAACAACCACACUAUAGCCUCUAUAUAUGGAUGCCUGCUCAACCCACUGAGCUAAACCAAGACCCAGCAGUGUUGUUAGAGUAAUGCUGUCAAAGAUAGUUACUUAAAAUCCACUUGGUGACUUCCAAGGAGAAAAUGUAGAUGUUUGUGCAAAGUUUCAGAUUGGUUUGGAGAUUGUCCCAUGCUUUAAUGGUGUUAAGAAUAAGCAGAUAGUGUAAAGUCAUAACCACACUUAGGGAUAUGAUAAUCUCCACUUAAAUUAGACCUUGAAGCUCUGCUCAUGUGCUCAUUCAUUUGUUUUAAAAAUGAUGUCCCGUCUUUUUUCUAAUGGUACAAAAUAGGCUUUAGGCUUUUUGCUGCACUAGAACAUGGUUGGUUUACAAACUGCAACAGGCCCAACUUGACAUAAUUCAACAGUGGAACAGCACAGUGGGAAAAUACGGUGAUUACUGUUUUUGACCAACUAUAUAUCAAGCAUUUAAAUUUUUUUAAUGACAUACUUGCAAACAAGAAAUGUUUGUAUUUUGUUGAAUUCAAAAUGAUUUUCUGAUGAUAAAUGUUUACAUAUUAUAUAUGCUGCAAAAUCAUGAAAUUUACACUGCAUGCCCAAAUCAGAGAGGAUUGCAUAUUUUAUGGUAGACUUGACAGCAUAAGUCACAUGAAGUCUAAUCUUUCACACAGAAAGGGUCUCUGUUAACAUCCAAAAAAGAAGUGAUUUCUAAGCAGUAAAUUAGAACUUGUACAUUGAGGCUCACUGUGUGAACACUGUCUUUGUCCUAUAAAUGGUUUUGAGAUUUACCUAUUUUCCAGAUGAUGGAUGAGUCACGCUUUGAAUCUUUUACAUCACUCUGUUUUAAAUGUCAGAUAAGCAGCAGUUAAAUAACAGCAAUGACUAAAUUUAUCUCAAUAAAUGAGUCAUUUUUU